CGAGUCUCCAGUACCGGAGUCUGCGGUCGUCUGAAUCAUAUCGCGACAGCGACAUCAAUAAACAAAACAAAUAAAUUAGCCUUGGGCAUAUUCUUAAAAAAUCCCAUACUGGAAUGGGAUUCCGUUAUGGCCUUUUUAAUUCAUCGUUGGCUUGGUUCAAGUAGCAGAAAAAAUCGAACAAUACAAAUGUCGCGCAUUCAUUAAGGCGUCUCCAGAUACUUGUCAAUAGAAUUCAGUUCUGGCGAGUUAGGAGGUCAGGUUCAGUUAAAAUGAUUUUUUUCUGUGGGAUUAUUACGAUAGUUUUGGUGAUUUGUGAUGUGGAUUGUGCACCGCUGAUCACUACGCCCAAGGCCAAAUAUCCACAGGUACCUUCGCAUCAAGUGCUAGAUUUUAUGAAAACAUUUGGAUACAUCGAUGAUCCCAAAGAUACAGAAGCAAUAUAUACAGAGGAGGGCUUUACAAACAUUAUAAAAAAUGUUCAACAAUUUGGAGCAUUGAACCAAACUGGAGUAUUGGAUGAGGCAACUUUAAAAUUGAUGUCGUCGCCACGAUGUGGGGUUCCAGAUAUCCUCAAGCCGAAGAAAAGUAAAAGACGUAAAAGAUAUGUACUAACAAAUGGCUGGGAAAAAAGGAAUAUAUCCUACUUUUUAGCAAACUGGACCCCAAAGCUGGGUGAAACCACCAUUAUGAAGAACAUCCAGAAAGCGUUGGACACUUGGGGAGGAUACGGACGUUUAAACUUCCAUAGAGCCUAUGAUGCUAACGCUGACAUUAUUGUCGCGUUUGGGAGGGGAUACCAUGGUGAUAGUUUUCCUUUUGAUGGUCCAGGAAGCGUCCUAGCACACGCCUUCUUUCCAUAUGAGUUUUCUGAGUUGGGUGGUGACAUACAUUUUGAUGAAGACGAGAAAUGGAUCGAUGAAAGAAAUAACAAUGGAGAAUAUGGCACAGAUUUUUAUACUGUUGCUUUACAUGAACUUGGGCAUUCUUUAGGACUAGCACAUUCACCCAUACCCACAUCGGUUAUGUUUCCUUACUAUAAAGGCUCGGAAGAAGGAUCAACAGCAACCCUAGGGUACGAUGAUAUUCUAGCGAUGUAUAAACUUUACAUUAGCCGAACUCUGAAAGAAGACGAAUCCACUAGACCCACUUUCGAUUACGAUGAUAGUUCCGGUGAAACAUCCUCAACGACACAAAGAACAACUACACAGUACAUUACAACUACCAGAACUCGUCGGCCGUAUAGCACAGACAGACCAGGAUACACAACACAAAACCCGUGGCGUACUUCAGAACCAAAAGUUACUACUAAGAGGUUCGUUACUCAAAAAACAGAAUAUACCACUCAAAGUCCAUGGCGUACUACCAGUAGAAGCUGUUAUACUACUAGGGCAACAACAGAACACACUACUCCGGUAACGUAUGCCCCAGACCCUUCAUCAACUGGAGCACCUACAAGAUGGGCAGGAAGUGCUACGGUUACCUAUGAAGGUGAUUCAGAAACUGUAGAUGAUCAUAAAGACCACGAUGACAGACAUGGUGUUCCAAAGACUAACUCACCUAGUUUACCAAAUAUCUGUGACGGAAAAGUUGAUGCUAUGGCGACUCUACGAGAGGAACUGUUCGUAUUCAAAGAACAGUACAUUUGGAGAUUUAAAGACAAGGGAUUGUUAUUGCAAGGAUAUCCUACAACUCUGAAAAGAAUGUUUCCGGACAUACCAAAUCAUAUAAAAAAUAUUGAUGCUGCAUAUCAACGACCAGAUGGAAUGAUCAUAUUAUUCACAGGAGACGUUUUUUGGGUAUUCGAUGGUCAACAUUUCGUAGAAAACAGCCCCUUACCUCUGACUACUUAUGAAUUAUCUCCGUAUUUGAAAGGCAUUGAUGCCGUGCAAAAUUGGGGAAGAAAUAAGAAGACUUAUUUUUACAAGAACGACAGAUUCUGGAGGUACAAUGAAACUUCUAAAAGAAUGGAUCCUGGUUAUCCAUUACAUAUGGAGAGAUGGAGAGGCGUACCUUUAGAUUUGGACGCGGCUAUCACAUGGACUGACGGGUAUACAUACUUCUUCAAAGAUGACAGCUUCUGGAAAUUCGACAACGACUGGGUGAUCACAACAGAAGAAUCUCCAAUGCCAACUGCUCAAGUAUGGUUUGGAUGUCCUAGAGAAGGUAGCAAAACUACGCGUAGAUGACAUAUUCAAUGCCUAUGUAGCGUUUUUCCAUAAUUUUAGUUAUAUUCGUAAUUUCCAUUUUGACACUGCCACUGAAUAGUCGAUUUUAUAUCUUGGCAUAAUAAACGUUGUAUACAUA